AUGGGUUUUUACGCUAUUUCCGUGUUGGUGAUGAUGCUGGUAAUAAACAGCACUGCUGUUCGUGUUCCACUCUACCGCUCAUCUCGAUCUGCCAGUGUAUUCAACCCAGCUAAAAGUGCUAAUAUUCCCAUCACCAGUACUCAAGCUGCCUGCUUUAUGAUCAAUCUCGAUGUAGAUGACGGCACUUUUAAUGUGAUGGUGGACACCGGAUCGUCGGACACGGUUAUCCCAGUGAAAAAUCUCAACAACUACAAUGGUCCGACUUUGGACUAUAUGGGCCAGCCUAAUGCAAAAAUGAUCUCAGGAUCGUAUGCAUCAAAAGCUGGAUGGACAGGAUAUGGUCUUUCCUUGUUUGUAGGUCUUAGUGGAACUGACACGACUGCUGAUAAUGCACCUAUUGUCAAUGCUAUUCGCCAAACUGCCAACCCAAUAUUUAUCGAUGGACAAGACACUCAAGGACUAUUGGGUUUGGCCUACUCUGCAGCAGCAGUUUACAAAACUAAUCCGUCAACGGUAAUGGAUGCAUGGGUUGCUGCUGGCCAAUUUGCUAAAAACGAGGUUGCGUUUCGUGCUUGCCCUUGGGAAAAGGAAAGCCAAAGUUCAAUUGAUUUCGGAAACACCCAACCAGUGAAUAACUGUGGAAAAAAUGGAAGUCCUAACGUAUGGGUCAAGUCACCCGAACAAGGUUUGUUUUCCGUAGAUAUCAAAGGAAUCUCUGUCCAUGGAACCCCAGUCAGGCUUCCCAGUGCAUUUCAAAGAAAUGGCCGAUUGUCCAUUAUCGACUCGUGCACAACUGAUUUGAAACUACCUGGCAAUGUGAUAAAUGCUAUUCGCGAUAUUAUGAUUCGACUGGGCGGAUUUCCUCCAUUGAAUACCGCCAGGACUCCCGCACCACCAACUAGACCCAUUAAUUUGGCUUUGCUUCCGUCAAUUACUUUCCAUAUUGCUACUGGUGGUGCUAUGAGAAGCGCUCCUGGAUCUACCAUUUCUGUCACAAUCGGUCCCCAACAAUACCUUAUUUACCGUCCUGGAUACUGGUACCAAAUGGCAGCGUUUAGAUCCGACGAUGAUUCUGUCAUUCUCGGUGGUCCUUUCUUUACCUCUCUCAACAUUGUACACGAUCGCACCAACCACCAGAUUGGUUUAUCUCUUGGUUGCGGAUGUGAUUCGGCCCAAGAAGAUUUCCCCAAAAUUGUUGGGACAAAUGGCAUGCAAUGGAGUCCAAAAAGUCCAAACGGUAUUUUUCCUCCCAGACGCUGA